AGUUUUUAAUAUGUAAGUCUGCAAAUCUUAUUUACGUUAUUUUUAAUUAACAAAAAUAUCCAAAAUUCGAUCAACUUUGGCAAAUCUGUGUGUAAAAGAAAACUACUGAUUUAGUGAAGAAGGCUAAUAGGGGCAUUAAAAAUUUUGUCAACAAAUUAAACUUGCUUUAACUUGUUUGCUAAAUUUUAACUAAGACUGUGAGUUAUCUGUUAACUUUUGAGGUUUGAUGCCGAGCAAAAUAACAUUUUUCAAAGUAACAGAUAAAUAUACUCACAUAAAUGGGGCGCGUGACCAAGGGGCAAACAACUACUAAGUCAUACUUAUGCAAAGUCUAACACACACUGACAGACAAAAUCAGGCCAUACACACAGAAAACUAAACACUUAUUUCUUUCAUGUUUUAGUGACUUCUUUGGCCAUCUCUGUGCUGAUUGUCUCAUGCAUCUGCAAAGAAAGUAUUAAAAUGGCACAGGCGUGUCGUUCCAAACAAAAGAAACGCAGGAAUAAAUCAAACUGCAUUAAAAACCUUUUCUACAAUGUACCAGACAUUUUGUGUGACCGGAUAAAUGUCAAAGAGGUCACCGAUGCGUCAGGCGCAACCAUUAACUGGAAAACCUCAACCGCUAGCGGCAAGACGACGUUUAUUAUCACAGGAACUCGAAGCCAAAGUCUAGAAGCUCUCCGACUGAUCAGCACUAUGACAGGAGAGCCAAUGAGGGAGUUACAAAAAGCACAUAAGCUUUGGCUUGAAUGGAUUAAAACAGCAUUUCCUCUUUUUGACACUCGCUCCUAUUUCCUUCCCCCUGUCUACAUUAGGCGCGUUCCGAUGACUCAGCAAAGUAUUGCAUGCCAGCGUGUAUUUAUAUUGAAAACAGAGGACCGGCCUAGCAGUCCUGUGAAGCAUCCAAGCAUGACGCCAUCGUCCACAGAACGACCUCAAGUUUCUAACAUUCCUUGUGUACAACAGAGCGACAUGCAUGAUGAUGAAGCGAUUGAACGUGUGUUGGUUUCCCUUAAAAUAUUUUCGAAGCUGCAUAAAGAAGUUUUUAUGUGUUUAAGUCAAUUUUCAUUUGGGUCGUAUCUGGGUGAACCAAGGUUUGCAGCGGCCCAUCUUCCGUUACCUAGCAACCUGCCCUCUACUUUGCCUUGGAGCUGGAGACAAGGUGACUUUGAUGUGCUCCUCAUCCAUAAACUCUAUGGUUUUGUCAUAAUGGAAAUAAAAGCUGUUGGAUGCAACAUUGCAAAGUCACAAGAAGAAAAAAAGGAAUACGUAAGGAAGAAACUGACGGAUGCCAUAGAGCAGUUAAACAAAGCCGAAGCCAUGCUAAAACACCUGGUGUCAGACAUAACUUCCGGUGUGCGCAUCACCAAGGCAAUUGCUUGUCCAAACCUCACGGCUAAACAGAUACAUGAAGUCUUGUUGGAUAGUGUUGAAGUGCAACAAGCGUUGUGUAACUGCAUUAAAGUAGAUGAUCCAAACAACACGACCAAUCUAGUUCUUUCUUCUGAUCAUCUGUUGUCUCCUCAAACCCCAAAAGAUGACAUGGAUGAUAAUGUAAAGACAUUCAAACAGUGGUGGCAAAACCAAGUGGUUGGAUCUGGCCCUGACGCACAGUUAGGAAGUUUGUAUCUAGACCUUUUAGCCAGGUUCUGUGGCCCAGCCUCUACUAUAACAGUACCAUGCACAAAUGAACCUCGUAUCUCUAUGAAAACUAUGGACCAGGCAGUGGCCCACGUGGGAAACUGUUACUCCGCCCAAAUGACACUUUUCCCAGAACAAAUGGACCUGCUUACCAGAGCUCCUCGUAGAGUAUUUGUGGCGGGUCCUCCAGGCACAGGAAAGUCCACUGUUCUGCUCCUUAUAGGCCUGGUUUGGUUAGAAGAUGGCAAAGACGUGUACGUCUUGAGUACGUGGAACCGAAGCCUUUUUGCAGCAAUCAGGAUUCGUUACUUGCUGCAAGAGGCACUGAAAACGCCUCGCACUGAUAUAGACGGCAUUGGACGUGUUCUAACAAGAAAGAAAAAUUUCAGACGAAAAACGGACAUGGAAGAAGUUUUGACUGAGCUUACACAGGUGGCUAGUCAGAAGCCGUUAUAUGUCAUCGCUGACGAAGUGGGACCUAACCUCGAGUCAGAAUGCUACAUCUUUCCAAAAUUUUGUGAGAGUCUACUUCAACGUUGUCAUGGUUUUGUCGAUCAUCUUAAUUUCUGGGUGGCAAGCAAUCACAACUACGUUGCACCAGAAGAGUUUUACAAUGGUGAAGAAGGCUGGGAACGGCACUGUUUCACGAGACCACUGCGCCCACCACCACCCGUGCUCCAAGAAAUCAAAAAGGCCGUGGAGAUUAAAAGGGGCAUAGUUCAGGAUUACAGUGAGAGAAGUGUACCAGACCACACAGAUGGCCCACCUGUAAAAUGGUUUUACCAUCACCCUGAACAGCAUGCAUGCUCAAGGGUUGAAGAUUGUAAUGUUUGUGGAAAAGAUGUGGCAAACUUCCUUAUUAAGAAACUCCGACUACGCUUGUCUGCUUCCGCUGAAAGUUUUUCCGACUUAGUCAACAAUGACAACACUUCUGCUGACAACAGACACAGACUAUGCUUGCAGUACAAAGAUGUACUAAUUUUGUCUUGGGUUCAGCUUCAUGAAGAUGCCCCUGUCUUGAAGGCUUUGAGAGAUGCUGACAUCCCAGUGCAAGUGAUGAGCGACUCGGAGUCAGACAUCGAGGACGUGGCUACAGCCCGCAGUAACGUGGUGUGGGCGGCCAGACAGCAGCUGGUGUGUGGCUCAAUGAGAAAGGUUGUCGUUGUUCUCAGCGACUACGACGACAGUAAGGGACAGUACGUCUUCACCCGACUAAGUGCCAUGUCCAGGUGCACAUCACAACUGGUGGUUGUUUGUCCUCCACCCGAAGAUGAGUCGGACUAAUCAAAUAGUUCAAAUGGUAUUUUUAAACACAUGUAGUUUUACAUUUAUCACAACAUGUGUAAUAAAUAACACACACAGUGUUUUCUGUUUGAGUGUAAUGUAAGCAGAAAAAGAAUAAGAAUGCAGCUUACCAGAGUACGAACAAAGCAUAUGUAAAUUCUUAGGAUUUUAAAGAGAUACACAUACCCUUAAGGAGUGGUGAUGACUGGUCCGUAGUGAUGGUUGUUUCAGCAGCAAUGCUUUGAUAACAACUUCUCACACGCCCAUCAAAACACAGAGUUAAGGUCUUCUGGGAAUUUCACCUUGAGCGUUUAGAGGCAGAACAUUUAGAACCUUUAUUCUCUCACGUGGAAAGCGUUUUGUUUAUUUUUAUGGAUAAUAAUAUCUGUAGAUCCAAAUACUUGAAUUGUAAGGUCCAAAUGACGCAGCAAAGAAACAUCAUAUCAGUGAAAAGAUUUUUUCUUAAACUUUAAAAUCAGAAAAGAAAAGAAUAAAGUCAGGAACACUACAUUUUUAUAUUUUUGUUGCAUUUUUGUUUUUUUUAUGAUAUUUGUAAUAUUUGAAUGAGAGUCUUCAUCGUUCAAUUGUUUACUAGUAGCAAAGGAUUUAGGAACCAACUUUGCAGGUAGAAAUAAAGCAACUUAAGGUUCUGAAAAUUUAGUUAAGGAAAUUUCACUAACGGUUGCUCUAGAGAUCGAUGUGAUGAUUGUUUCAGCAGUGAUGUUUUGAUAACGAUUUGUCACACGCUCUACAAAACUCUGUUUUAAUUAAUCAACUAUUUAUUUUAUGUAUUUAUGAAGUGUCACGUAAAUUCUAGUUUGAAAUAUCUAGACAUAGAGUUGGGAAAUAUAUAUUGACCUAAUGGAAAGAUUAUGUCAAUAGAUUUGAGUUGGGAGAUGAUAUAUUUCUAAAGCUUUCCUAUUAUAAUCCGUAUAUUGGUUCUUUACUUGUGUC